GACGUUUGGCUGCAUUUAGACAGUAAGGCGCGUUUUCAUCCGACAGGACCUGAUUCAUCACAGCCCAGCUUUAAAUGACCCCUGGGGUCAGAUCAGGCCUCCUGAGGGAUUAGAGAGGUCCUGCUGCAGAGAUGGGAGUGAAACAAUGUGAGUAGGGAGGGAGGAGAGAAGGAGAUGGACCAAUGAUCCUUCAGCAGAGGAGCUGAUGAGGAGACGCAGGAAGAGUCUCAUUGAGACGCUUUCAGGCUGAAACGCCAGAGGAUGCGCGCGGAAGCCGGAUGUAACCGUGACGAGGAGCUGUCAGGGGGUUUGCUCCAUUAAGGCUAUUAAUUUUACUCAUUAGCGCGCGUCACGGGCGGCGCAGGCCGUCGGCGGGGUGGAUUACAGCCUCCAAAACAUCGCGUCCCCGAUGUGAGAACGGAAUUCGAGGUCGUGCCGUAGCCGGACGCGGAGGAGAAACCGGAUUGAAGCGCAUGAUCAUCCGCACCUUCCCCUCCCUCCAUGUCCGCAAACGGAGCGCAGAGCGCGUGGAUCCCGCCGCGGAUGCGCGGACUGAGCGGCUGCAGCUCCAGGCUGGAAAGUGGUACCCAAGCGUGGGCUCUGCGCUGAGGCAUGGGCUGCGCUCCCAGCAUCCACGUCUCUCAGAGCGGGGUGAUCUACUGCCGAGACUCGGACGAGUCCAACUCCCCCCACCAGACCACCACCAUCUCGCAGGGCACCGCCACCGCGCUGCACGGGCUCUUCAUCAAGACCGACGCGGCCGACACCAUCCCCUCCGUCAUCACCUACCAGAGCCGCCACGCGCGCAACAACUCCAGCCGGGAGCGCAAGGACAACAGCGGCGCGCACGUCCGCAUCGAGGCCGAGACGCAGACCAGCAACAGCAGCGUCAAGGUUUCAGCUACAGAAGAAUGUCUUGGACCAAUGAGACUGACCCAGGAGCCGAUCCAGGUCCUGCUCGUGUUCGCUAAGGAGGACAGCCAGAGCGACGCCUUCUGGUGGGCCUGCGACCGCGCCGGCUUCAGGUGCAACAUCGCGCGCACGCCCGAGUCAGCCGUCGAGUGUUUCCUGGACAAACACCACGAGAUCAUCGUCAUCGAUGGGCGUCACUCGCGCUACUUUGACCCCGAGGCUGUGUGCCGCAUGAUCCGCGCCACAAAGCCGUCUGAGAACACGGUGAUUCUAGCUGUUGUGCCACAAAAGCUGCCUGAGCAGGAGGAGCCGUCCGUCCUUCCUCUCCUGUGUGCCGGAUUCAGCAGAAGGUUCGUGGAGAACAGCAGCGUGGCGGCGUGCUGCAACGAGCUCCUGCAGAUCGAACACGGCGAGGUGCGCUGCCAGUUCAAACUCAGGGCUUGUAACUCGGUCUUCACUGCUUUGGAACAUUGUCAAGAGGCCGUCGAGAUCACCAGUGAGGACCACAUCCUGCAGUAUGUGAAUCCUGCGUUCGAGAGGAUGAUGGGAUACCAGCGGGGCGAGGUCAUCGGGAAGGAGCUGACCGAGCUUCCCAAGAGCGACAAGAACCGAGCCGACCUGCUGGACACCAUCAACACCUGCAUCAAGAAAGGAAAGGAAUGGCAGGGAUGCUACUACGCCAGGAAGAAGUCCGGCGACAGCAUCCAACAGCAAGUGAAGAUCGUUCCUGUGUUCGGUCAGGGAGGGAAAAUUCGACAUUUUGUCGCCAUCAAAAGACCUCACUUUGACAACAAUAACCAGGUACACAAGUUCAACAAAGAGGAGCGCUGCAGCGGCGAGCAUUCUCAGUCAGAGUGCCAUUCUUUACGCCACAGAGACCGCAGGAAAGACUCCAUCGAUGCCAGAUCGGUCAGUUCCCGUGGGAGUGACGCUCCAAGUUUACAGAACCGAAGGCACUCGUCCGUCGCCAGGAUUCAUUCGAUGACCAUCGAGGCUCCCAUCACCAAGGUAAUAAACAUCAUCAACGCAGCCCAGGAGAACAGCCCGGUCACGGUGGCCGAGGCUCUGGACCGCGUCCUGGAGAUCCUGCGGACCACCGAGCUUUACUCCCCACAGCUCGCCUCCAAGGAGGAUGACCCCCACACCAACGACCUGGUGGGGGGGCUGAUGAGUGAUGGGCUGCGGAGACUCUCUGGAAAUGAAUAUGUUUUCUCCAAAAACAUGAGCCAGAGUCAGCUGGCCAUCCCGGUCACCUUAAACGACGUUCCUCCGUCCAUCGCAGAGAUGCUGAACGACGAGGAAUGCUGGGAGUUCAACAUCCUGGAGCUGGAAGCAGCGACUCACAAGAGGCCGCUGACUUACCUCGGCCUGAAAAUUUUCACCAGUUUUGGCGUGUGCGACUUCCUGAACUGCUCAGAGGCCACGCUGCGCUCCUGGCUGCAGCUCAUUGAGGCCAGCUACCACUCCUCCAACUCCUACCACAACUCCACGCACGCUGCAGACGUGCUGCACGCCACCGCCUACUUCCUGCGCAAAGAGCGGGUCAAGGGCAGUCUGGAUCAGCUGGACGAGGUGGCGGCGCUGAUCGCGGCCACCGUCCACGACGUCGACCACCCGGGCAGAACCAACUCCUUCCUGUGCAACGCGGGAAGCGAGCUAGCCAUCCUGUACAACGACACGGCCGUGCUGGAGAGCCACCACGCCGCCCUCGCCUUCCAGCUCACCCACAGAGACGGCAAGAGCAACAUCUUUAAGAACAUCGACAGGAAUCAGUACCGAACUCUGCGGCAGUCCAUCAUCGACAUGGUUCUGGCUACAGAGAUGACCCGACACUUCGAGCACGUCAGCAAGUUCGUGAACAGCAUCAACAAGCCGAUGGCGGCCAUCGAAGAGACCAGCACCUGUAGCGGGAACAGCGAGUCGGAGAGUCAAACCAACUUCAGGAACUCCGCGGAAAACCGUCUGCUGAUCAAGAGGAUGCUGAUCAAGUGUGCGGACGUGGCGAACCCCUGCCGGCCGCUGGAGCUCUGCAUCGAGUGGGCGGGGCGGAUCUCCGAGGAGUACUUCGCUCAGACGGACGAGGAGAAGCGGCUGGGGCUGCCCGUGGUGAUGCCCGUCUUCGACAGGAACACCUGCAGCGUUCCCAAAUCCCAGAUCUCCUUCAUCGACUACUUCAUCACCGACAUGUUCGACGCCUUGGACGCCUUCGCAAGCCUCCCCGUCCUGAUGGAGCAUCUGUCAGAGAACUACAAGUACUGGAAGACUUUGGACGAGAUGAAGUGUAAGAGCCUGCGGCCCCCGCCGCCGUCCUGACCGGCAGAGGUCCCUUCAUCGUGGUCGUGCUCUGAGCCGUCCCUGUCUGUGUGGGGGGGAGACCCCGUGUAGCCAGGAGCCCCCCCCCACCCCACCUUUGUAGCACUCCAGUGAGACUGUGGAUCCAACAGCUCACCUGACAAUCUGUACCAUACAAUGCAACUCGCCACAACGCCGCACUUUAGCCAAUCCAGACGCCUGGACCUCCUUCCCCUCUGCGUUUGCUUUCACACGUUUUGUUCCAGUCACACGUGGAGGACAGGAAGUGAUCACAAACUUGUGUCGGUGCUCAGAAGGAUCAACUCCUUUUUUUUUGUCUCCAAGACCCAUCGAUGAGCUUCUGAGACCAGAUUUGGAGCGAUUCCACAAAAGAAAAGAAAGACAAAGGGCUGGAUUUUGAGGAAUCUGCUGUUUUGUGGUAUUAAAAACAAACUUCUUCUUAGUAAAAGCCGCGAACGAGGACAACAAACGAGUAGAGACACACUGUACUUCACAGCAGUUUAGUUAUCUAACAUUUCACAGCUUUGACACGAACUGUAGAUGGAACUCCUUCAGUAGAGGAGCUCCGUGACUUUUCCUUCAGUGUUUGGAGCCUCGCAGCUGCAGUCACACUCAGAUGUGGAGCCAGAAUCCGCCGGCUCCAGAAAGGUUCCUGUGAAGCCAAAUCCUGUCCAAACAUCCCACCUGCUGUCACCUGGCUCCAACGUUACCACAGAAACAUGAGGUUUGUGGAGCAUGUCUGCCCCCUGCUGGCAGUAAAGACCCACUCUGGAUAUUUGGAGCUUUAUAAAGUUCCAAAAAAAUAAAAAAAAAAUCACAAUUUUCUAUUAGGAAUUCACCUCUGAGUUGUGGGUUGACGCAGAGCAACCCCGCCCCCUCUUCCCCUCCCUGUUGCUGAGAGCUCUGUCUGAAUUCCUUCACUAUAGAGUUUUUGGUUUUGUAGUCUACAAUUCCAAAAACGAGUGUACGACAUAUUUCCCAGAAGAAAAAUAAAGUUUUACUUUAUAUUUAAAGUGAUAUCAUCAGUUUGGCCGUGAACAACAGUUUAAUUUUGGAAUUACAAAAAUCAUUUAGGACACAAAACAUGCAUUUUCCAAGGACUCUGAGGAAGGAGCAGGAAGUAGCGUCAUAAAUAUGAUCCUUUUCAAACCGCUAUUUUGUAGAUUCACAUCGAUUUGCAUGAAGAAAUACUCAGAAAUGUCAUUUUAAGCUCAAUUUUCAUCCUCGAGAAUCAGAAAAAGUCCAAAAGAAAUCAUUUUGAUCAGAGUGGGUCUUUAAUAACUAGAAACCAUCCGAGUCUGAGCCUUUCUCAGGUCAUUUUUCAGCUGAAAUGAUUGAAAAACCACUAAAUCUAAGGAGGAGGUUUGGUGUUGGAGUCAUUAGAAACCCAUAAAUACGUGUUGGGAGAUUCUUUCCAGUCGUCUUGGGUGAAGCAGAACAAACCAAAGGCACAGAGAGCUCGUUACGGUGCCUUAUUCAUCUGAGCUACAAACACAAUCAUUUCUGUUUUUCUCAGUUAUUAUUAUAAAAGAAGAAGCCAUAAGUGUUGGAGAGUAUUGGUUUGUUUGGCAUCACGCUCUGUAUUUACAGCUCUGUAGUCACUUUACUGACAACGAAGGUCUGAGAAACGCCUUAAUCCCGUCUGUCCGCCUCUAAACCACCUGCUGCUUCCACGUUCCAAAACCGCCGCUUUGCUUUUAUGUUUGAACUUGAAAUGUGUCUGAAUGUUUCAAACGAUCUCCAGAGGAUAUUUUUGUGUGACCAACGUUUCUAUAGCCGAGGAGACGAGGCCGCCAGGAGGCUUCUGCUCCGCCCCCGAAGGUCACGUCAACAACAACAGUAUUUUUAUGAAGGUUGCUCUCGUUAAAAUGCAUCGUUUGUCCUAAAGCGUUUGUGUAAAAGCUUUAAGCUCACUGAAAUGUUCGUAUUUCUGCGAUGUCUUUAAAUGUUUUCUGUUCAAUACGAAAAUGUAUUGUGAGACGAUUAAAGCCGUUUUAAAUAUGA